UUAGUUGAAAGAGCAAGGCCCUAAAUAACCAAAAGACGAGAGAAAGAUUAAUUUCGUUCCGUUUGAGGAAAUAUACGGUUGGAUGUUAUGUUGUGGACGGCUAUAUUACUAAUAAUUGGUGUUCUGCAGCAAAAAUGUGUUGUGGUAUGUUUAGACGAGUGACCUUCUUAAAGACAUGUGACAAAUGAGAGCAGCUCAUCACCCCGUGUCAGAUCCUAAAUGCGUCAACGUCGGCACAGGUCUUUGCUUGAAGAUCAUAAUGUUAGCACUCAUAGGCUACGCCUUUCAGCGUUAAAUCGUUAAUACGAUCCAAACUGCGCUGUAUCCGUAUUACCUACCACGCAGGACCAAAGCUAAAUAGAGCCAUCGUUUUUAUACAUAGACAUAAUUUAAGGCACCAAGAGCUAGAAACCAAUACAAACAGCUGGCGCACAACGAAAGUACACAUCGUGUCUUAGAUUUUAAUAAGGUUUGCUUCUCUAAGUGUCGAACUUCUGAGUUACCUUCUGCUUGCGCGUUGCUUUUGUUGAGGCUCUUCAUGGCUCUGGUUGGAGUGAAUAAAAAUAGCAUCUGUACUGAAACUUCUGGGAGUGUAUACCCAAACUUUGAGUACAACAAAGACAUGACGUGGCGAGUUGGGAUAGUGGCUUGAUUAUAUUUAGCAGCUAAAUAAACAAAAAGUCAAACUGAUGAGUUUUUGAGUACCCUCCUCCCAUAGCAGGAAAUUGGUAAUUCCCCGUAUGAGUUAGAGUCGUGCUGCAAAUCUUGACUGGCUCCUUCCUUUUUUUACGGUUGGGGCUUUCUUAGGUCCAGCGACGCUUAAAGCACUAAAGUAAAGCAGCCGGUUAGUUUUCACCUCUAUCCCUAGGCUGAUCCCUUGAAACAAUAAGGCUCGCUUCUCUCGCAACUAGAACUACAAGAUAAAAUAGAAUUUCUGGUUUUUAAAUUAUCCCUCGUCAUAUUCCCUCCACCAUUUUUCGCAAUUUGAUUCUCCCUUCUUUCCCUAAAGUCGGACUAAUGUCACCUUCAUAUCAUUACCUGUGAGUGUGUACAAUUGAUUUCCCUCUAUAGAACAAAUAAGACUAAAAACUAGCGCCGCAUCUAAAGCAUGCCAGAUAAAGCAACUUAUCUAGUACUUUGGUAAAGAAUGCUACUAAGCAAGAACAAAGAAAUCGGUGAACGGAAUCAGAAAUCUCUCUCUUCUUCGGUGUUUCUCCUUCUUGGGAUAAAUAUUUAUAGGUAAGAACGACAAUAAUAAAUAAGAAACAUCAAGAUGACGAAAAUUCCAGUCGACAGUGAGCUGACUGGGGCGGGGGAGUACACCGUUUACGGUGAGUAUUCGGUGCUUCUGAACCAGACCAACAUUGAUGGCGAUUCGAAUAAUAACAAGUUCUAUGUGAUCCAGCUACUGAAAGAGACCUCCAAGGACUCGUAUUCGACGUGGAACCGCUGGGGUCGCGUAGGGGAGCCGGGAAAAUCGAAUUUGAGCUCCUUUGGCAGUGAUUUAAACAAGGCAAAGAAUGACUUCGCGAAGAAAUUCCGAGACAAAACGGGUUCCUUUUUUCCAGACCAUGAUGCUGAGGACGCAAGCGGAAUCUUGAAGUCUCUUGCCGCUUCGUUCCAGAAAAAAACGGGUAAAUACAUGCUCGUGGAUGUAGAACACGAUGCAGACGAGGCUGGUACUGGGUCCGGCGCCGCCGCUAGCCAAAACAAUGCGGGUACUGCUGGUGCGCAGGCUUUCGGCAAACUGACUGAAGCUCAGAUCCACAAGGGUCAGGAGGUCUUGGCGGAGCUUCGGAAAUGCUUGCAAGGUGAGAAGAAAAACAAAAACAAAGAUAGUACAAAGAUUGCGGAGUUGUCGUCGCAAUUUUACACCUUGAUCCCGACAAAUUCCGGACGCAAGAAGCCGCCGCCUAUCGAUACCGAAGACCUCAUUAUGGAGAAGGAAGCGUCGUUGGAAUUCAUGCUGCGCAUGGGUUUCGAUGACAUGUCAGUUCAACUGAAGAAGGUACCUACUGGAAUUUCAAUCAGCUGAACGCGGCUUAAUACAGAGAAUAGCCAAUCUCAUCAAAUGCUACAAUUUGUAUUUGGACGAUGGUAUAAAACGUAAACGACUCUUUCCUUGUUCUUAGUCCACUUCAUUCAACACCUCCUGACAUUCGCACCGCCAUACGAAAUCGCUUUACUCUGUUAACAAUUUUAGGUCUCCCCUCUCGCGGGUGUCAUGUCCUUGCCGUUGUGUCCGACUCUGCAAGCCGCGGCAGGAUCCGUGUCAAACAAAGGCGCGAUUACGCAGUCGGACAACGCUGGGAAAACGCUAGCUCAGAAGCAGGCAGGCAAACCGACGUCCGCUAUGGAUGCCAGUUUGUACGCCUCCAUUUGUCUGUACACCGGCAACAGCGUCUAUCGGCAACUGAACGAAGCUCUUCGUGCGGAAAGUAUUGUAAAGAUCCAAAAGUAUCGCCCCUACCUACGCCAGUUGCUAGAAUCCUUUUCCUAUUUCAAGCCGCAAGCAAACAAAACCGUGUGGCGCGGGGUCUCUGUGGACUUGAGCAAGACGUACAAGCUGGGGAGCGAGAUCACCUGGUGGAGUGUUUCGAGUACCACGGUCGAUAAAAAUGUCGCGUACAACUUUGCCGCAGGCUGCGGCGCAAACUCCACCCUGUUAGAGAUUAAGUCGCAGAACGCUUUGGACGUUUCCGCUCUAAGCCUCUACUCGUCAGAGAAGGAAUGCAUCUUAGUCCCUGGAACAAAAUUGAAAGUGACGAAAGUGGAGAAAAAGCCUGGACAACUUGGUAAGAUUUGGCUCGAAGAGCUCAAGGGAGGUGGUCUCGAAGGUCUGAAAAAUGAAGACAAUAAAAGCGAUGAUCAAUCUCUCUCGUCCGGCGCAUCUGCAAGCACUGCGGACGCAUCUCCUAUUACAGGAUCUGCGUGUCACUCAGAAGGGUCUGCAUCUCCUACUUCUUCUGCAAAGGGUUCAGGUUCCCAACAGCUUUUCAAAUCGGCUGCGACGAAGAUCAAGAAAGCGGUACAGAAGGCUGCUGAUACGAUAAAGGCAACGAUGAAGAGUACAACAAAAUCAAAGGCAGCUUUGAAGGACUCAUCUACAACAUCUUUUGGAGGAGCAGGAGGAGGUAGCUCCACGUCCUCGAUAAAAUCUUCUGACACAGUAGCUCAGAGCAACAACGUUGUUGAUCACACCAACCUCCAACUGCGCCGCACGGGCAGCACAAGCAUUCAUGAGAAUGCGCGAGAUUUUCUAGACGAAAAAGGGGUUCUGUCUGCAGCCGCCUUCGAAUCCGCGUCACUGCUGGAGCAAGUUCAAUGCUUGGCGUACUCCUGGGGUACCAGUUGCUCAAAUAUUCCCUCCGUUGCCUCCUCAGCGAUGAAAAAGAAAAAAGGCGCUGCUGCAAUGAAAAAGGCCACAACUGGAACAGCUGGGAAGACUAAGAAGUUCUCGAAAAGCAAGUUUGAGUCCACUUACAACUCUGUAAAGACCCAAUUUGUGAAAAAGGUGAAGAGCGCGUCGAACAACGACGAGCGCAAGUUGAUGGGUUGCUACAACGACGCAGCCCGCGAAGUUAUGGUGCAGCAUUUGCAUCCGCUGCUCACGAACAAGCUGGACGAUGAUGAGAAAGAGGAGAAAGACGCCAACCUAGGAGACAAAGAGCGAGGCGUGGUCGAAAAGUACGGAAACUUGCAAGAGAAAUACUACAACCUCUUUUAUCACUUAGGAUUGGACAACGUACUGACGGAUAAGCAGUUCACCAAAGCGAAGACAAACAUGCAGUACCUUCUACAGAACGGUGACAUGAGCAAGGAAAUGCAGAAGGAGAUGCAAAACGCCAACCACAACUCCUACUACACUGCUGCUCUUAACAAUAACGGAAGCGAUCCCUCUUCAACGGCUUCUACUGCCGCAACAGCAGGCGGGGCGACUGAAGACAAGCUUGACAUUGUGCGGGUCAAGAAAGUAAAGGGCAAGCGCGAAAACGUGCCUGUGGAUAGCGAAAACAAGGAGAGGAGCGACUUUACUGUGGUUCUCGACAAAGGCGAGGACGCAGUGUAUGAUGUUUUGUUGAAUCUUGCCGACAUCGGUGGCAACAACAAUAAAUUCUACGUUUUGCAACUGCUCGAGAAGACAGAAGCAGAAAAAGGUGACAAAGAUCGAUACAUGGUUUGGACUCGUUGGGGCAGGGUCGGAGUGUCGGGACAAACGCAAACGAAAAAAUUUGCCGACAUCAACAUGGCAAAGCUCUAUUUUGCUGUCAAGUUCCAAGAUAAGACCGGCAACAAGUGGGAUGACUGCGUUGCUACCCCGAAGUCCUUCCAGACGAAGAAGGGGAAGUACAGCCUGAUCGAAGUAGAGUACGAUACCGAUCUGGCAGAUGCGAAUGCAGCCAAUGAUGGUACGAGCAAGAGCAAGAAUGGCGCAGGAGCAAGUGGAGCAGGAGGUCUUGAUCCAUCGGUGCGUUCUUUGCUAUCGCUUAUUUCGAAUAAGAAAAUGAUGGAGGAGGAGCUUUCCUCGUGCGGUUUUGAUCCGAAAAAGAUGCCCCUAGGUAAGAUCUCGACCUCCAUGGUGCAGAAGGGGUACAAGUUGUUGCAGCAGAUCAAUGCUCUACUCGAGGCUGAAGGAGACAAUGCUGUGGAUGGAGAGGACGAUGCUGCUGCUCCGCCAAUGAAGAAAGCCAAAACUACCACGAUGAAGAAGGACACUAGCAAUACUAGUUCUAGUGCAAGCAAUAAACUGGAGCAACUCAACUCCGAAUUCUUCACAGUGAUCCCGCACAACUUCGGAUUUAAGAAAUUGAAGGAUUGCAUGAUCAAGACCACAGCUGAGGUUCGUGAGAAGCUCGAGUUGAUCGACACUCUUCAGCAAGUGGCAGAAGCAAUGCGGCUCUUGAACAGCAAACCUACUACUGCCAUGAAAACGGCAGCGAUGAAGAAGGCUACGACUUCUAGUAGUGAUGCUUUGUCGAAUCUGUACGAUCAACUGGAUGUUGAUUUGACUCCUGUGUCUAAGAAUUCCUCUACGUUCCAACUCGUGAAACGCAUGCUCUCGGAGACGCACAACAAAGAGGACCAUUCUGGCGUCGCCGGCAGACUGAAGCUAGAGAGUUGCUUCUUCGUGACCAAGGAGAAGAGGGAUGAAGACUUCGAAAAACUGAAAAAAAGUCUGGGAACUAAGACACCUCCAAUAAGUAUGCUUUUGUGGCACGGCUCCCGCUUGAGCAAUUGGAUGGGCAUCCUGUCUAAGGGUCUGCAAAUUGCGCCUCCAGAGGCGCCGUCGACGGGAUACAUGUUUGGCAAAGGCAUCUACUUCGCCGAUGUCGUCUCCAAAAGCGCGCAGUACUGUCACGCCUACUCGACAUCUUCACAGAAUCGGGCUAUUUUGGUUUUGGAGGAGGUGGCAGUGGGCGAGACUUUGGACUGCACAAGUGCAGACUUCCAAGCAGCUAGCAAAGUGUCGAAACACAAAAGUGCCAUCACGUGCAAGGGAGUUGGUCAAAAGGGACCCCUCUCUUGGGAAGAGGUCAAGAUGGAUGAUGAAGAUGCCGGAAAAGUUACAACCGUAAAAAAGUUCUCGAAUGUGACAAGCAAAGACUUGAAAUCAACUACUUCUUCGAGCAGUUGCUACGUGCCCACCGGAAAUGUGAAAAAGCAAAACAAAUCGAGCAGCGGUUACUUGUUGCACAAUGAGUAUGUGGUUUACGAUACGAAGCAGACGCGGCCUAGACUCCUCUGCGUUGUCGAUUUCCGAAAUGAUGAAGAAAGUGAAAGCGAGGAAGAGGGAGAGGAGCAGGAGGAUCAACCACCUCCGAUGAAAAAACAAAAAACUUCUGCGACAUCUUCUUCUGCUGCAUCGUCGAAAACUUCCUCUGGUAGUUCUGCACCGAAGUCUGCCUCACUCUCACUCGCUUCUGCGGCUAUGUCAAGUUUUGCUUCAAUCUCUUCGGUGCCUUCGUCCUCUGGCGGUGCGACUACUUCUUCAGACCUAGUUCCCGCCUCUGCUAGAGACGAUUUGUUGAAAGCUAGUGAUCAUGGACAAUGGCGCUCUGUUGACAACAGUCAGCUUCUCUGCUUCAAUGUUGGGCACGUAAUGCGACAUCUAAAGUUACAGCACAACUCGCUUCAUAAUAGAUUUUUUGACUUUCUUCACUUGUUUAUUGUUGUUCCUCUACCUCUACUCACAGCGUAAUAUGUUAGUGCGUAGUUGCGUUUAUUUCCCGAUACGGUUUUAAGACAUGAUGAUGAUAGAUAUAUCUCCUCACGUAAUAGAAAACUAGGAUAUCCCAGAUAAUUAGUGGAAAAAUAUCUCUUUAUUGCGCUAAUAAUGAAUGUGAACAAGACUUCGAGCGUACGAGUCGCCAGUUUCGAUAUGGAUUGGACGUUGAUCAAUACCAAAAGUGGCAGUCAGCAUCCCAAAGACGCAAAUGAUUGGAAGUGGGCGCCGACUCCUGCGCACAUGCCGGAAGUCCCCCAGCGGCUGGCAGAAUUAAUCACUGGCAACAACUACGACUGCAUUGUCGUGUUUUCCAUGCAGGGUGGGAUCGAGAAGGGAAAAACGAAAGAGACCGACAUCAAGGCAAAGAUCGCAAGCAUGUGGGAUUCUCUGUGUCAGACGAGUCCCGCAUUGAAAGAUACAGUUUGCUUCUGCGCAUCGCCGGGCGAAAGUAUUUACCGGAAACCCUGUGUUGGGGGCUGGGAUUUGCUUUUCGGAAACGGGUCCGGGAUUCAGCAUGCUGUAGACGGCUCUUUCUUUGUAGGCGACGCCGCGGGGCGACCGAAAACCAAGGCAAGAGCAAAGGACUUCUCCGACACCGACUUCAAGUUCGCGCUAAAUGUCGGCAUCAAGUUCAAACUGCCCGAAUGGUUUUUUAACCUGGAUAAAAAUGCCAUGGAUGACGUUCCUUCGGAGUCAACGUUUUCGUUCCGUCCUUCCUAUCAUCUCGCCAACGGGGCGGCCCAGACCGGAACCUCUCCAUUAGGCAUGAAACUUCGGAACAGCCUGUUUGAUGCGAAUUUAGGCAAGAAGGAGAUGAUUGUUUUUGUCGGAGCGCCUGCGUCCGGAAAGUCCUCCUUGACUGCGCAGAUGCUGGAAGGAAACAAUGUUGUUGACUAUGUCGUGAUUAACCAGGACAAGUUGAAGACCGUGCCGAAGUGCGAAGCUGCCGCGAAGGAGGCUCUCAAGAACGGCAAGUCGGUGAUCAUUGACAACCAGAACAAGGAGAAAGCGAAGCGGAAGAACUGGAUUGCCUUAGCGAAGGAGAUGAAGUGCGAUCGUGUACGAGCCGUUUAUUUCGAUGUCUCGAAAGAUUUCUGUUUUCACAUGAACCACGUCCGCGCGCGGCUACCCGGGACAGAUACACACGGUCUCAAGCGCGAAAGGGUCCCCUCGAUGGUGAUUCACACCUUCUUCAAGUACGCAGAGAAGCCGCAAACUGCAGAAGGAUUCUCGGAAGUGUUGACGUUCAGCCAGUCAGACUUCCGUCUCGGACCCGACGCAAAAGCCAACAGAAUGGCUCUAAUGUACCAGGACUAAAGCUAAUCAUCAUGAUUUUGAUGCGCCAUGAGCAUGACUACUAACUUACGCAAAACAAUCGCAAUCCUGUGUGAGUGCAAAACACUAAAAUUUCGUCGAUCUCAUUUUUUUAUUACACCUUGUUCGUGGUCGUGCUACUGCUACAUGGACAUACUCAUUAUACAUAGAAAGAUAACCAUAAGAGAAAUGGAUUUCGUGAAACUUCAUUCUAUUUCUCACACACAAUGAAAUGUUUUAACUUUUUUCAAUUCUUUCUUUUCAUGGUUGGGACGGGCGUGUCCCGAUCAUAUUUGUAAGGACGCAUAUUCAUCAAUCGUGUUUUUACUCAUUCGCAUACGUUCGGAUCCGAAUUCGUUAGAUGUACAAAUAUUAUUUUUCGCUUUAAUCAAUGAAUAGCAUUAGCAAGAAACAAGAAUGAGAAACAGCUUAUCUCGAAAGAAAUUAUGAUACCGAUACCGAUUAGAUAGUUAAUGUCGGACUCAGAAAUAGCUCCUUUUUUUUGGUGGGAGUAAGAUGUUUCUUCAUUAUCCUAAACAAGCGCUAGCGCAUGCAAAACAAAAGAAAAAAAUCUCGAAGGAUGUAGACGUAAAAUUGAAAAAUGAUGUUGUCGCAGAUGAUGUAUUCGUGAAGUAAUAUCUUCAUCAAGAAUCAGAAUUUACAAGCAAGUACCAGUCUCGGAAUGAAAAUUAGAACACUGUACAAGUUAAUUUUGGCUCGCGGCGAUGAGAGGACGAAUCGUGGUAAAAAGCGUAGGCUGCUGUACUCUGAAUAUAGACUUUUCAAACGCUCAAAUCCCGACUGGUUUAGACACGCAUAUCAAAACUGAUGGUUUGUUUUGGUCCACCGACAACGCUGGUGCGACGAAAAUGAUAACCAAAUAGAGAACCACAUUGUGGAAUUACAAUGGUUUUUUAGAGAAAGGGCAUCGUACUAUUGCCAACGAU